AGCACCAGAGAGGCCCCGCAGGAGGAGACAGAGGAGGGGAGCGGCGACGACAGUCCGGGGAGGAAAGCGGCCUGGCCUCAAUCAGAGAGUUGCAGGUGGAUCCCAGCAAUGCAUCUUCAUGUUCAGGCAACAGGCCCUCCAUUCCUGACACCGGUGUCCUGAUUGGGGUUCUUUUCCCACUCAGGAAAACAUGCCUUAGGCUGUUUCCUUGACUUCUGCGUAGAUGGGAUAUCCAAUGGAUUUUCCUAGGGGACAAUGGAGCACACACCGAACCCUGAGGACAAAGUACGACAAAACGUACCACCCAAGGAGACUGCACGGGCUGCCAGACAGGAGGCGGGUGACAAUGUGGAUUUCCACUCCAAGCACCAGCAAGAAAUCCAGGCUUCCUUUUUCAACAACGCUUUGGAAAGCCAUCUAGAAGGGUUCCAGGCCCACACGGAGCUCAGGUCAUUCACCCCAAAGCCUCCCCGCAAGCCCCCAAGACUUGAGCGGACUUCUUCUCUCGAUGAACUGAUCUGGCGGAGGAGGAGGCUCUUCAAGAUGAGCCGAGACAGCUUGGUGGAUCCCUCCGAGAUGGGCUCCUCCAACGGAUCCCUCCAAGGGGAGAAUCCUCUGGGACAGAUGGCAGCCUCCACGAGCAAUUUGCACUGUGACCAGGAAUCCCUCUGCGGCUUGCAGCAAGCCUUGGAGGUGCCCCCCACCAGGCAUGACAACUUGCAUGGGAAGCUGUCUAGAGUGACACCCACCCGUCCUCCGCCCCCUCUGGAGCUUGAUGGCUCCUUCCCUUCUCUGAGGACAACUAAUAGGAUCGACCCAGAUUGGGCGGAUUACAGACUUUGCUCCCAGAGUGCCUUUCCAAGGGCAGGCAGCAGCUGGAGUGACACCAGGCUCCACAGCCGCGGGAUGGUUUGUGACAACUGCUCCACCACCUCCAUGAAGUCCACUUUCAGCCUCUUGACCCCCAUCCGCGUCAGGGAUGUGCGGAACAGAAGUUAUUUGGAAGGCAGCCUUUUGGCGACUGGUGCACUGCUGGGAGCAGAGGAAUUGAACCGGUAUUUUCCUGACCGGAACAUUGGCAUCUUUGUUGCCACCUGGAAUAUGCAGGGCCAAAAGGAACUCCCUGAGGUGUUGGAUGAUUUCCUGCUGCCGCCAGGCCCUGACUUUGCCCAGGACAUGUAUGUGAUAGGGAUCCAAGAAGGCUGCCCAGAUAGGCGUGAGUGGGAGAUCCGCUUGCAGGAGACGCUGGGCCCCCAUUACGUCAUGCUCUAUGCGGCAUCUCACGGUGUGCUCUACAUGUCAGUUUUCCUGCGGAGGGACCUCAUCUGGUUCUGCUCAGAGGUGGAAUAUGCCACUGUGACAACUCGCAUUGUGUCUCAGAUCAAGACCAAGGGGGCCCUCGGAGUUUGCUUCACCUUCUUCGGCACUUCCUUCCUAUUCAUUACCUCCCACUUCACGUCUGGAGAUGGCAAAGUGUACGAGAGGGUCCUGGACUACAACAAAACUAUCCAGGCUCUUACACUUCCAAAAAACAUUCCAGAUACCAACCCCUAUCGCUCCAGCCCUUCAGACGUCACAACCCACUUUGACAAUGUAUUUUGGUUCGGGGACUUCAAUUUCCGCCUGAACUUGGAUCGGGAGGUGGUGGAGCAGAUCCUCAGCAAAGGGCUGGAAGCAGACAUCUCUAAGUUGCUACAGCAUGACCAGUUGAUUAAGGAAAUGGCCAGUGGGUCAAUUUUCAAGGGGUUCCAAGAGGCUCCCAUCCUUUUCCGCCCUUCCUACAAGUUUGAUGUUGGGCAGGACUCCUACGAUACUACCUCCAAGCAGAGGACACCAUCGUACACGGAUCGUGUGAUCUACCGGAGCCGUCACAAGGAUGACAUUCAAGCUGUGAAAUACUCUUCCUGCCUGGGGAUCAAAACAUCAGACCACCGGCCUGUAUAUGGGUUAUUUCGGGUCAAAGUGAGGCCUGGAAGAGACAACAUUCCACUGGCUGCUGGCCAGUUCGAUCGAGAACUCUACUUGAUUGGCAUCAGGCGACGUAUCACCAGGGAACUUCAGAAGAAGCAAACACUCAAGGACCAAAAAGCCAGUGCCGUCUGCUCUGUUUCCUGACCUCAAAGGGCCAUCCAAAGAGGGCUUUUCUGAGCUGGGCACAAGAGGAGCUUCUGACUGCUCCCCACAGUGAAAGGGCCUGUGGAGGAAAGAGCGCCAGCACCUGUUGCUUGGGGCCUCCUGCCAUCAGGUCUUUGGAACUGCCUUGUCGCUGCUGUGCCUGGAAACAUGGAAGGAAUGCUCUGAGGUUGACAGCAACUGGAUCUUUGUAGACACAAGGCAACAAACUUGUCCAGUGGGGCUGGGCGGAGACUUUCCUAGACUGAGAUGCUCCCUUGUCUCAUUUUGGGAAACUUGUUGCCUGAAAAAGGGUCAUGGGCAUCCCUUUUGUGUUUCAAGACCACAUACAUCUUGGUUUUCAUCAGGUGCCUCUGGGGACCAGCUUUGGGAACAAAUGAACCUCCUGCAUCUGUAUUUUUGCUCCGUUCAUUCCUUGCCACCAAGAAGCUGAAUAUGCAGAAACAUUUGAGCAUACUGCCAGCUUCAUUUGCCCCUCCCCCCAACACAUUGUUUUCUCAAUUCCAGAAAGAGCAAAGUCCCCAUCUGGAACAGGCACAUUUAUUUUUGAAGUAGGAAGUGCCAGGGAGAGUGCUGAUGGCAUGCUGCAACUCCUGGGAAGGGCCUCAGAUAUCUUCCCUCAUUCCCUGACAUAGAUUAGUAGUAUUAAGAAAUAGAAGGCUUUCUGGUUUCAUUGAACCAAGAACCUUUGUUGCUUGUCUCUUUCCAGCUGGCUACAAAAAUCAGUAUUCUUUGUGGCAAGACCAAAUUUUGACUUGUCAACAGGUGCAAAGCAGGGCUGCAGGCAUGUUGGAGUUUUGGGUUUACCCUUCCAUUUGGUUGCUUGUUACUGCUGUGGACUGCAUUUGUGUCCAUAAUUUAAUAAACCAAGAACCAGAUUUCUAAAAACUUA